ACGCUCUUCCUCGCCCCAAAAGUUGCACGAACAAAAUGGCUGCCAUGACCUCUGCUCGGAUGCUGGUGGCCCUAGGCAGCACAGCUGUGCUGCUGAUGGUGGCGGUUGAUGGUGCGGCUGUGAUGCGGGAGGAUGACUGGGGGAACCUGCACAUCAACACGACGGACAGCAGUGGCACCACACGCGUGCUGCUCAAUGGCCUCGACGUCCUGGGCCACUUGGACAUGCUGCGGCAGGAGGUGGAGCGAUCGCGGCGCGUGGCGCAGUGCAUUUUGACGCAGGAGAAAGACGCACUUGGGGUUGACGUGACGACGCUGCGUGGUUUUGGUGAUGCAGUCGGAAAGUGGCAGGAAACGGUGCUUGGCCCCGACGGCAAAGUGUAUGGUGUGCCAUACGACGAGACGGUUGUCCUUGUCAUCGACCCCGUCACGAACGCCGUCGACACCACCACCAUGGGCAGCUUCAGCCCGGCGAGUGGCAAGUGGACGGGCUCUGCGGUAGCACCCAACGGCAAGAUCUACUGCGUGCCAGAGCAGUCACCCGUGGUGCUCAUCAUCGACCCUACGACAAACACCACGGACAUCACGUCCAUCGUUGGGUUUGGUGAUGGUGGUGACAAGUGGGAGCAGGCGGUGCUCGCACCCAACGGCAAGAUCUACGCUGUGCCUGACCUGGCUGAUGCUAUCCUGAUCAUCGACCCGGAGACCAACAGCGCCGACACCUCGUCCAUCCCCGUGCCCUCUGGCGACAACAAGUACCUUGGCGCUGCGCUCGCGGACAACGGCAAGAUCUAUGCCAUUCCCGGCACGCGGACAAAUGUGCUGAUCAUCGACCCCGUCACGAACGCCGCGGACGGCACCACCAUCAUGGGCCUGCCGGAUGGCAACCGCAAGUGGUUUGGUGCUGUCCUUGGAGGCAACGGCAAGAUCUACGGCGUCCCUGACGAGUUCAACGCUGUACUUGUCGUUGACCCCGUGUCCAACACUGCUGACAUCACGACGCUCAUGGUGACGGACUACGACGUGUCUGGCAUCACCAAGUGGCUGUCUGGCGUGCUGUCUGCAGAUGGUCGCAUUUUCGGCAUCCCCUUCAGCGCUGACGCCGUGCUUGUGGUCGACCCAGCCAAGAACACCACCCACACCGUCGUGCUUGACAUGGUUGCUGCAGGUGCAGACCAUGAUUGGCUUGGCGGCGUCCUCGCCCCCACCGGACAGAUUUACUCUGUCCCCUUUGACAAUGAUGCUACUCUCAUCAUCGAUCCACUCUGUGUCGUGUGAUUGUGUGUGUGUGUGUGUGUGUGUGUGUG